AUGAGGGGGCUCAUAGCUACAGUGGUUUUUACUCUAGCCAUCGCGGCUACUUAUGCUGAAAUUGCUACAAUAGAGGAUAUAACUGCCUAUGAUUAUCAUAGGAGAAUUGGUAUCCCAGAAGCAGCCAGAAUCAAGAAAUUAGAGGAAGAAACGAUUAAAUCUGGGAAUUUACAGAGCAGAAUCGUUGGUGGUAGCAUUACUGAUAUUUCAGAGGUUCCCUACCAGGCUGGCCUGGUAAUAACCAUUUUAUGGGUGCUAACGUCAGUUUGUGGAGGGUCUUUGAUUUCAACAGACCGUGUAGUGACCGCAGCUCACUGCUACACUGACGGAAGUUUCACCGCUCAGUCAUUUACUGUAGUUCUCGGCUCUAACUUAAUUUUUAGUGGCGGAGUGCGUCAAACAACCACUAAUAUUGCCGUCCACCCCAACUGGAAUCCUUCAACUGCUGCCAAUGACAUUGCUGUACUCCGCAUCAAUUCAGUCUCCUACACAAAUGUGAUUCAACCAAUUGCACUUCCCAGUGGCAAUGAGAUCUCUAACAAUUUCGUUGGAAGCACUGCACUUGCUUCUGGAUUUGGCCGCACUUCUGACAGUGGCAAUAUUGGUUCCAAUCAACGUUUGAGCUCCGUCAAUCUACCCAUCAUAGCUGACUCUCAGUGCACAAGUAUAUACGGUUCAUGGUAUCAUAAUACUAAUAUUUGCACUAGCGGUGCCGGUGGUCAAUCAACAUGCCAGGGUGAUUCCGGAGGUCCUCUAGCUGUCACAAGUAACGACAGAAGAAUUUUGGUGGGCGUUACAUCAUUCGGUCACAGAGAUGGCUGCACCGUUGGUUAUCCUGCUGCUUUCGCUCGAGUUACAUCAUAUGUAUCAUGGAUCCUCGCUCAAUAA